CCCCUAAGUGCUGGUUGGUUUGACAGCAGGUGAAGUUUCUCGGGGGUCUACAAACACUGCCUGUUUACAUUAACGAUCUCUGGAUUCUUUCUUAUGAUGGAAUAAGGAGUCAUCAUGGUGGUAAACUCUGUGCACUGGUUUCGCAAAGGCCUGCGGCUGCACGAUAACCCGGUGCUGCAGGAGGCCCUGACCGGGGCGGACACGGUGCGCUGUGUGUAUGUCCUGGACCCGUGGUUCGCCGGCGCCGCUAACGUGGGAAUCAACAGAUGGAGGUUUCUGCUUGAGGCUCUGGAGGACCUGGAUAACAGUCUGAAGAAGCUCCACUCCAGACUGUUUGUAGUCAGAGGGCAGCCCACCGAUGUUUUCCCAAGGCUCUUUAAGGAAUGGAAAGUGACCAGGUUGACAUUUGAGUAUGACCCAGAGCCUUAUGGGAAGGAGAGGGACGGGGCUAUCAUCAAGAUGGCCCAGGAGUUUGGAGUGGAGACUGUUGUCAGAAACUCACACACCCUCUACAACCUGGACCGGAUAAUAGAGGCGAACAACAACAGCCCCCCCCUGACCUUCAAGCGCUUUCAGGCCAUUGUGAGCAGACUGGAGUUGCCCCGGAGACCGCUGCCCCCCAUCACCCAGCAGCAGAUGGACAAAUGUUGCACUAAAAUAGCUGACAACCAUGACCAGCUUUACAGUAUACCUUCACUGGAAGAACUAGGUUUCAGGACAGCAGGUUUACCUCCAGCUGUGUGGAAGGGAGGAGAGUCAGAGGCUUUGGACCGACUCAACAAACAUCUGGACAAGAAGGUGUGGGUGGCCAACUUUGAGCACCCCCGUGUCAACACGUGCUCACUGUAUGCCAGCCCCACUGGCCUCAGCCCCUACCUGCGCUUCGGCUGUCUGUCCUGCAGGGUUCUGUACUACAACCUCCGAGAGCUCUACAUGAAGCUGCGUAAGCGCUGCAGUCCUCCUCUCUCUCUGUUUGGACAGCUGUUGUGGAGGGAGUUCUUCUACACAGCCGCCACCAACAACCCCAACUUUGACCGCAUGGAGGGAAACCCCAUCUGUGUGCAGAUCCCGUGGGACCAGAACCCAGAGGCGCUGGCCAAGUGGGCUGAGGGUCGGACUGGUUUCCCCUGGAUCGAUGCCAUCAUGACCCAGCUGAGACAGGAGGGCUGGAUCCACCACCUGGCCCGGCACGCCGUGGCCUGUUUCCUAACCAGGGGGGACCUUUGGAUCAGCUGGGAGAGCGGCAUGAAGGUGUUUGAGGAGCUGCUGCUGGAUGCAGACUGGAGUGUGAAUGCUGGAAGCUGGAUGUGGCUGUCCUGCAGCGCCUUCUUCCAGCAGUUCUUCCACUGCUACUGCCCUGUGGGCUUUGGAAGGAGGACCGACCCGUCCGGAGACUUCAUCAGGCGUUACAUCCCCAUCCUGAAGCACUACCCCAACCGCUACAUCUAUGAGCCGUGGAACGCUCCGGAGUCCGUCCAAAGGGCAGCCAACUGCAUCGUGGGAGUGGAUUACCCCAAACCUAUGAUCAACCACGCAGAGGGCAGCAGGCUCAACAUCGAGAGGAUGAAACAAGUGUACCAGCAGCUCUCCCACUACAGAGGCCUCAGUCUACUAGCAUCAGUACCAACGAUCCAAGAGGAGGCAGAGCCACCAAUGAGCGAUGAAUCCCAGAGCAGCAGUGGCGCUGACUCUCCUCCCAGAAGCCCUGCUGACAGCGAGGCAGCCGGCUGCUCUACAGCUCCUGAUUCAUCCACAGUGUGUGUGUCCUCCCUGUAUCCAGGGCUGGAGGGGGGGGGGCACAGUCACCCAUCACAGACUGCCUCACACACACUGCCAGCCCCAGCUUCAACACACACCCAGAGCAGUCGGUCAAGGUCCAAACCCUCCUCCCCCAUGUCUCUUUCCCCGAGUCCAGCCCAGACCAUGACUCAGCACUCCUCUCAGGGCCAGAGGAAGAAAAGCCCGGCCUGCAAGGUGCGUCGCAGCCAGAGGCAGCAGGGGAGCAACACUCCAUCCAGGGCGGGAGAGGAGGAGAUUGAGGAAGGAGGGGUGGAGGAGAUGAUGGAGGAGGAGGACGUUGAGCAGGGUGAGGAGAGAAUGGAGGAGGAGACGGCAGAGCCUCAGCAGUGAUGUGAGGUGGAGGUCAAAGAACAAUGGUCCAACAUCCAUCUCAGGCAACUGGACUCAUAAACACCUUCAGGGAGACGUGUUCUGGAUAUGUGGACAACACUUCUAAGCAUGUGCUCAGCAGGAAGCAGAACUAAAUCAUUUUACUUGAGCUUACUCCAUCCAGAACAAAAUGGUAAAACAGUCUGGAUAAUAAUAGCUCCAUGAAACCAAAGGGCCCCUUUUUAACAUUUUAUACAGGACCAGUCAAGAAGGAUCCAGAAAGUGCUUAGAAAUACAAAAUAUUAUUAUUAUUAUCAAUUAUCAAUUACGGUAAAUUAUUUUAAAAAAAAAAUUUUUAUUCAAGGAAAUGGGGGUGAUAAUCCUAAAAGUUUUUCAAGAUGGUUGACCUUCUCUUGUAAAGUUCCACCUCUGACACCCACACUUAAUAAGACACAUUGUACUGCAACUACUCACACACACUAUCCCAGUGGAACACAGUGUGACAUUCAGCCCCUCUCCGGUGCCUAGCUGUCCUUACCUCUGGAAGCAAGACGCAGGAGCCUGUCCCUGCUUUGCUCCCCUCCCCUCCCCUCGAUAGUGAUUCAGAAAGAGAAGUAACUGUUCCAGUCUGAAACAUGUCCUUGGUGGUGGGUGAGCACAGAGGGAUCACUUCAUUCUGGGUCCCGCAUAAAACUGACCAUUAGUAUUAUUUAGCGGCAGUAAAAUAUAUCAAAUGUCCCUUUAUGUUGCAGCUCCCUUCAACGAUCAACUGUGGAUGCUUUGAGCCUGCUUUACGAGGCACUGGAUUAUAUUCCAGCGGGAAAACAGUCUCGUCAAUGUCAGACUUUAUUUAAUGUAAAGCCAUUUAGGCCUCAGGAACAGAAUGCUUUUCUGUUGAAUUGGCCCUGAUUAUUUACUUUGCCACAUUUUAAAAACACCUAAGGAGAAAAUUGAAAUAUACAUAUUAAUAUUGAAAGCACAAUGUAAGUAUUUUGGAAAAAAAGUCAGAUAUUUUUGCUAGGGGCAAUGAAAAUGUUUUAUAGUGACGGGGAACAUUUCUAUAGACUACCUCCCUUAAUCUGUCUGUUUUGGAGUCACAUAUACAGCCGCGGAAAAAAAUGAAGAGACCACUUCAGUAUUAUCAUUUUCUCCUAUUUUAUUAUUAUUAGGUUUGUCUUUGAGUUAAAAAAAUGUUUUAAUUUAAAAAUAGUUCAAUUAUUUGUAUUGUAUUUUAUUGUAUUCUAAAAACUCCUGACGAUUUUUCUCUGUGUUGGAAUUCAACAGACACUGGAAUGGCUGCCAUACAUGUAGAGAUAAAUAUUUAAGAAAAAUGUGGAGUAGUUUCCGCGGCUGUAUAUAAAAUAUAUGAAACAUUUAAGGUCAAAUUAAAACCGUAUGUAUUACGUGUGUACCUUAUGCUUUUUGUCUCUGACAAUUAAAAAUGCUGCAUGUGUAGAAUGAAUGUAGAACGAAAAACGACGUGUUGUGCUCCCCAUUUAUUUAUAAGAGUUUGUAUUGAAAUGAUAUGUAAAAUCAUAACCUGUGCUUCUGGUUUAAAGGGAUUUUACCAAUUUUCCUACCAGAAGCAUCCACCAGAGGGCAGCAGAUGCAGUCAUUUCCGCACAUGUUUAGUUUUUGUACAUUCACAAAAGCUCCAACUCAUUUCUUCACAAUCCUGAUUUGUUUCCUGUGAUAAAUGCACUAAAUGCUAUCAGAUACUGAAACCUGCCAUUUCAAUGUGUCUUUAGAUGUCCUGUUUAGUGAACCCAGAGUCCAAAACAAGAUUCAGAGACCUUCACAGCCAAAAACAACAAAUGACUUCAUUACAUUUUCGUUCUGAUAACUGACAUUUAACUGAUUAAAAAAAUGUUUUUCUAAAUGUAACUUCUUUUUGUUUCAGCAUUAACAUACUGUACUGUCCUCCGCAUUUCAAAGAGUGACAAUCUGUUUGCUUAUUCCUACCUCAUACCUUUCUGUUUGACAUUUUCCACUUCUAGCCUGAAAAACUGAAACGUUAAAUCUUAUUAAAUGUAUUGUGUCAAUGGAUUUCAUGUAACUGUAUUAGGUUAGUUGAAAGCAAUGAUAUUAAGUUGGACCUAAUGUUUUUUAUUUAAACUUGAUAUUAUUGCUUUCGACUUAAUAGAGAGAUGUGAAAUCGAUUUACAUAAUACAUUUAAUUAAAUUCAACGUUUCAGUUCUUUCAGUGUAACUUCAGUGCAGAAUAAGCCACCAAACCUUUGGCUGAGAGACCCUCAGUGCUGCCUGGACGGUUCCAGGAUGUUGAUGUUCAGAAAAAAACUUCUCAGCACUGGCAGUUCCUCAGUCGAUUUAAAGGACGAGUGGGAACUAUGACGUUUAAACGAAAAGCUCACAGUUCCCACUGUUCCUAAACAUCAACAGCUCCCUGACCAGGGGAUUUGUAUACGUUCCACCUGCCACCAUGAUGCUCUGCAGCCGGGGUGUGUCUGACUGUGUGGAUAUUUAUGUGUUUGGUUUUUUUUGUACAGAAAUAGUUUAUUUUCAUUAAAAUUGCUGAAGGAAAGUGAUUGAAA